AUGAAACAGAAAUGCUUCGCGUUAUUCGGGCAACAAGGUCUGGCCCGCUUGUUCACCACAGCCCUCGCUGCUGUUGCGCUCCGGUCCUUUGACUUCAACAUCAACACGAACCAGAAGGAUUUCGGCAUCCCCGGCAGGGACGGGGACUUUGGCUUCGGGUCGAGCUGCCUCAGCCACAGCCACUGGCAGGGCGGCGGCUCUUACUGCUGCCAGGUUGCGUACUUGAAUACGAACGGCAACGUCGGCACGGUUACGAUGACGGCCAACACCAAGUCGACAGGCGCCGACGCGCUCGGUGGCAAGACGGACGGGGCCACUCUGAAGAGCCUGGCUACCGACAUCCUGAACACCUGCUGGUCCGGCAAUGGUGAUCACUCGGGUCGGUGGGCGGGAGCUGGAUUCCAGCGCUUGUUCACCACAGCCCUCGCUGCUGUUGCGCUCCGGUCCUUUGACUUCAACAUCAACACGAACCAGAAGGAUUUCGGCAUCCCCGGCAGGGACGGGGACUUUGGCUUCGGGUCGAGCUGCCUCAGCCACAGCCACUGGCAGGGCGGCGGCUCUUACUGCUGCCAGGUUGCGUACUUGAAUACGAACGGCAACGUCGGCACGGUUACGAUGACGGCCAACACCAAGUCGACAGGCGCCGACGCGCUCGGUGGCAAGACGGACGGGGCCACUCUGAAGAGCCUGGCUACCGACAUCCUGAACACCUGCUGGUCCGGCAAUGGUGAUCACUCGGGUCGGUGGGCGGGAGCUGGAUUCCAGGUUGGGUUGAGCGGAGGCACUUGCUAG